UAUCAUUCUGUACUAUUUCAGAAAAGGCAGUCUCAUUGUAAUGUUUGAAACUAUAUUUGUCAUUCCUGUGACAGACACUGGCAAUCCAACCAUAAAUAUCAAUAUAAGCAUAAUCAUUGAAAUACUGAAUUCAACAAGCUCCAAGUCAAUUUUGUCAAUUACUAGCAUAUUGGAAGUUGAACUUCUCACUCCAAAAGUGACACCAGCAACCACAGUCACCAUUCCCACCACUUCUCCCAUUUCCACUAUCUCCACAACCCAUGAUAUACCAGUUUCCUCACAAGCAGUUUCAGCACAAACGUCAACAGAGGACACCGCUUCCUUAUCCACCAUAUACCAGCCUGAUAACACAACUAAAGUGACACCUGUCACAGAUGAUAGAAUUUCUAAAGCAAGUCCUUUAACGACAGAAACACCAUUUGUUGACUUCACAGGCACAAGAGUAUCGGGAGCCUCCACAAAACAACCGUCUGUUGACUUCACAGGCACAAAAAUGUCUGGAACCUCCACAAAACAACCACCAUCUCAUAACUUCACAGGGACAAGAGUAUCUGGAGCCUCCACAAAACAACCAACGUCUGUUGACUUCACAGGCACAAGAGUAUCUGGAGCCUCCACAAAACAACCACCAUCUCGUAACUUCACAGGCACAAGAGUAUCGGGAGCCUCCACAAAACAACCGUCUGUUGACUUCACAGGCACAAAAAUGUCUGGAACCUCCACAAAACAACCACCAUCUCAUAACUUCACAGGCACAAGAGUAUCGGGAGCCUCCACAAAACAACCACCAUCUCGUAACUUCACAGGCACAAGAGUAUCGGAAGCCUCCACAAAACAACCACCAUCUCGUAACUUCACAGGCACAAGAGUAUCGGGAGCCUCCACAAAACAACCACCAUCUCGUAACUUCACAGGCACAAAAAUGCCUGGAACCUUCACAACACAAUUACCUAAUGUUAAUUUCACAGGCACAACAGCAUAUAGAAACACCACUCAAGCUACCUCUUAUACAAGGCACUCUUCCUUCACGUCUUACAUGCCACCCACUGGCUCGACAACAACACCAACUAUAUCACCAGUCAAGUGUGAGUUAGGAUUAUCUCCGUGUAGCAGCAACGACCAAUGCAUCCAAGAGAAUUGGUUCUGUGACAAAGUUGCUGACUGCAGAGAUGGAAGUGAUGAGAAUCAAGUAAAAUGUGGAUGGAACGAAACCAAACCAACUGUUGGACCAAAGUUUCCAAAUGGCAUUGAGCUCAACUGUAACUUUGAAAAUCCUGACCGGAGACUAUGUAAGUACCAGACAUCAAAUGGAUCAUAUACAUGGAGCGUCCAACGGGGACCCACACUAACUAAUUCCACAGGUCCCCAAUUCGACCAUUCUUACCAAGAUGAAACUGGUAACUACGUUUUCACUGAAUCAACUUAUGGCUCUCUCAUGGACAAUGCCAGCUUAGUGAGUGACUUCAUAAUGACUGACAAUGAAACAAGCAGUCUGAGCUUCUAUUAUCACAUGUAUGGCGAGAACAUGGGAAGCUUGUCAGUGUAUUUUGAUAUCAGAGAAAAUGGACAAAUGAAAACAGAACUAAAGUGGACAAAAAGUGGUGACAAUGGAAAUUACUGGAUGAAGGCUUGUAUAUCCCUCCCUGCCAACACUGUCUUAAGGACCCACUUUAUAGCUAACCGUGGAAGGCUUCACACCAGUGAUAUUGCAUUAGACGACAUUAAAUAUUCUAUGGAGCCAUGCCAGAAAUUACCUUGUAUGUUUGAUGAUUCGAUGUGUGGUGAAGUUGUAUCCCCAAGUGGAGAAAAUCCUGCUUCAUACAAAUGGCAUGCUCAGCGAAGUGUGACCAUGUGGAACAUGGCAGAACAAAUGGGACUGCUAGGUGAUCAUACUAUGGGAUCAAAGUUUGCUCGCUAUAUGGUGGCAAAUUCUUCGGAAGGAAGCAGCGGUGACAAGACAAUGUACAGAACUCCUGUCCUCUCCAAUGAAAACAAUACUUCACUGAAUUUUCGCUAUUUCAUCAAUGGUAAAAAUGUCGACAAACUCACUGUCAACAUCCGUUAUAGCAACUCACUGGAGUCUAAAACAUGGUCCAAGAACAAAGACGACAGCCAGUCAUGGCACCGCGGUUGCCUACCUGUUGCUGGCAACAUUGGAGCUGUUGCAGAGUUCAUCGCCUACCACGGCUCUGGUCCUGAUGGUGUGAUUGCAGUGGAUGAUAUUGUCCUUUUAAAGUCACAGUCCUGUGAUACAAUCACUGAGUGUGAAUUUGGCAAAGACAUAUACUGUGGUUUCAAAGUUUCUGGUGACAGGUACAGAUGGCAAAUGCACCAUAGUAUUAAAGGUGAAUUUAUUGAAGCAAUUGGUGAAAACAGAGAAGGAUUGAAGACAAUGUUAACUUCCCAGACAUUCACUCCAGUUUCAAGUGACAGUGUCACCCUAAAGUAUUUCAUGCGAGGUUCUGUAUCUUUAUAUAUCAAUGCAAUGGAAAAGGAUGCGAAUGGUAAAGAAACAACCACAACGCUUUGGACUGGUAGUAGCCAAGUCACUCCAGAUAUGUUAAAUCCCCCACCUCCGCUGGAUCUUGAAAAUCUGCUAUUAAGAGAAGUAAAGGAGACCAGCAGCCAGAACGACCAAAUAGAUUGGAUGAAAGUGUGUGUUCCAUUACCGAGCAAGCCACUUGCAAUCCAAAUUGUUUCUCUGAAGAGAGAUGUGGUGACGGAUGCUAUGGCACUGAAAUACGUGGGUGUCAGUGAUGAAAAAUGCAAAGUGGGUUUGAUGAUGACCAGCUGCAGUUUUAAGGAACCAAACAUGUGCAACUAUACCAUAGACUGCUCCACAAAUACUCAAUUUAUGUGGCACAGAACCACAGGUUUCAAAGCAAAGGGACUGACUGGUCCCCAGAGAGAUCACACGAGUAACAGGACUGACGGUCACUUCUUGCAAGCUGAUUCGUCAAAAGGUCGUCCAGGUGACAAGACAAACGUCAUGUUUGCAAACAUCAAAGUAUCAAAACAAAGCAGCUUUAGAUUUUACUAUUACAUGUAUGGGUCUGACAUUGAUAGCCUCCAGGUAAAUGUCAAUGAAAAGAUGGCCUGGAAGGAAACAGGUGCAAAGACACAGUUUUGGUACCUGGGUUGUGUCGAUCUUCCACUUAACACUCAAGUCAAUGUGAGUUUCACUGCAACCCGUGGAAUGGGUCCUCUGGGAGACAUAGCUAUUGAUGAUGUCAGUGUCUCACAUCACCCUUGUCCUGCCCGGGACAUUGAUUGCAGCUUUGAAGAUGAAAUGAUGUGUGGUUACACCAACAUACCUGCCAGUCAAGCAGACAACAAAGCUAUGGUGGAGGACCAGUGGUUCCGUAGCAAUAUUUCUCUGAAAGAAUUGUCCAUCAUCGAGACUACAUUUGUAAAUGACUACCAUCUGCUAACAACAAGGCCAUCUAGAAUCAGAUCCCCGCAGAUACAGUUCCCAUCCGCAAGUUGUCUGCAGUUCUCGUAUUUCAUACUAAUGGGCAAGGGAACAAAUAUAACAGUCACAGCUAUAUACAACGAUUCCUCCAAAACCGAAGAAAAUGUGUUUGGUAUUAAUAACUUUACAUGGGCUGACUGGCGGUCUGGCCAGAUGAACUUGCAGAGCGGCAAGGUUGCCAUUGAGUUCUCUGUCCGACCUUAUGAUCAAAAGUUCCUGCACACCUUCUUUGCCAUUAAUGAUGUGAAGGUCGUUCCAAACACUUGUCAACCUCUGGUUUGUUCCAAUGCCAAUCUCAAGAAAUGUUCAAAUGAUGAUGUUUGUAUACCAAAAUACCAAUUUUGCGACAAUUUUAAUGACUGUGCAGAUGGUUCCGAUGAAGCUGGAUGCACUAGCGUCUCAAAGGACAUACGGUUGGUUGAUGGGAUUACCAUUGGACACAAAGGUCGACUGGAAGUUUUGGUUAAUGGAUCGUGGGGCUCUGCCUAUGGGUUGCAAUGGAGUGAGGUCAAUGCACGUGUUGCCUGCAAGCAAUUAGGAUUCACGGGAUAUGCUCAAAGUAUAGGAUUUGGCAAAUACCACUAUGGCGUUGGCACAAUGUGGAAAGUUAAUUGUUUUGGCAAUGAAAGCAGAAUACAAGACUGCAAUUUGAACAGGAUCGAAAAUAAUGUCCCUCAUUUGUCUGAUGUGGGAUUGGUCUGUUAUAAUACAACCUGUGAGACUUCCAAAACACCAUGUCCACAAUACGGCAAUAUGACCUACCCCUAUUGUCUAUUCGAGGAUCAGUUCUGUGAUGGUGACUAUGAUUGUCCUGAUGGCUAUGAUGAGAAAAACUGCUGUAAGUUAACAAUUUCCUUCAAUUUGUAAUUGCUGUUGUUGCUG